AUGGAGUCCCAUAGCAGGGGAAGGGACAUUGGAGUUGCUUUGGAGGGAAAGAAGAAGCAAAAGGUCGCAUAUGUCCCAGGUUGCAUGACACUAUUGUGUCUUUGGUACUACGAGAUGACAGGCAUAAAGAAAUAUGCCCUCUUAGACACCUCCAGACCUCCAAUGACAAAUUGGGCAUCAGGGGAGGAGAGAAUCGCAUCUAUGAGGAUGCCGACAAUUAUUUCAAAGGCUAAGUCAGCGUCAAUAACAUUUGUCCAUAGGCCUAUUGCGGAGGUCGCUUCUCCUGGUCAUGUUCAUUCACUUCCCGCUGAACAGAGGGAUGAAGUUCUUCAGCAAAAGCGUCAGGCAAAGAGGAAGGCUUUGCAGGAAGAAACUACUAAGAACUUCUCAAUAGGUUACGUAAGUAUCCUGUUAUGUUAAGUCGUACUCAUUUC